AUGCGGAUCUCAGUGGUAGUACUGACGGUGGCCGUGCUGGGGGUGGGAGUGUUGGUGUCUAGCGAGGACUCCGCAGCAUCCUCGAGAGAGCGCAGAGGAGCGACAUCGGAAGAUGCGCAGCAACACCGAGCGACUCUGGAAUCCGAGGGUGCCGAGAACGCGGGGGAAACUUCGGAGGGGUCUGAAAGUGGCGAGAAGAGGCAAGAAAAGCGAGGUCUGAUAGACGAGGGCUACGGUUACCACGGACUCGACGGUGGAGGUCUGAACUUCGGGGGCCAUGGCGGCGGCCAAGGUGGCGGCGAAGGCGGGCACGAGGGCAGGAUAAAGCACAUAACGAUCGUGAAGAACGUGAAGAUCCCAUACCCGGUGGAGAAGAAGGUCCACGUGCCGGUGGAGAAGGAGAUCCCCUACCCCGUGAAGGUCCCGGUGCCCGAGCCCUACCCGGUAGAGAAGAAGAUCCCGUACCCGGUGAAGGUGCUGGUCAAGGUGCCGGUGCACAUUCCUCAGCCCUACCCAGUGGAGAAGAAAGUACCCUACCCGGUGCAUGUCCCGGUGGAGCGACCGGUGCCCUACAAGGUCUACGUGCCGCAGCCGUACCCGGUGGAGAAGAAGAUCCACUACACCGUGAAGGUGCCAGUGCCGCAGCCGUACCCCAUCGAGAAACACGUCCCCUACACGGUGAAGGUGCCCGUGCACGUCCCUCAGCCCUUCCCGGUGGACAAGCCGGUCCCCGUGGCCGUAAAGGUGCCGGUCGACAGGCCCUACCCGGUGCAUCUACCGAAGCCCUACCCGGUGCCGGUGGAGAAGCACGUCCCGGUGCCGGUUGAGAAACCCGUCCCCUACCCCGUCACCAAGCACGUCGAGAGGCCCGUCGCCGUGCCGAUCGAGAAGCCCGUGCCGUACCCCGUCAAGGUCCACGUGGCCGCGCCCUACCCCGUCGAGAAGCAGGUCCCGGUCCCCGUAGAGAAACCCGUUCCCUAUGCCGUCAAGGUCCCCGUCGAGCGUCCCGUUCCCGUGCAGGUCACCAAGCACGUGCCCUACCACGUGGAGAAGCACGUCCCGGUGCCCGUAAAGGUGCCGGUCCCCGUGCCCGUCCAUGAACACGGCUACGAUCAGAGCUACGACCAGGGUUAUGACCAAGGGUACGACCAGGGCUACCAGCAAGGGUCCGAAGGCGGAUCUUUCGAGGGCGGCCAUGAAUCGGGAUACUCCCAGUCUCACUAUUAG